GACCUUUUUUUCCCCUCAAACCCUAGUCUCGGUCUACUAAAUUAUCGUUCAAAUUCGCUUCAAAAGUUGAUAUUUAUGGCGGGUGGGGCAGAUGUUACGGAGAGUGGUUUAUCAUGUGCUAAAUGCGGGAAGCCUGCUCAUCUUCAGUGUCCCAAGUGUGUUGAGUUGAAACUUCCCCGUGAAGGUGCUGCUUUCUGUACUCAGGAAUGUUUUAAGGCAUCAUGGAGCUCUCACAAAUCAGUUCAUUUGAAGGCAAAGUUAUCAUCAGUUGGAUCAAGCGCUCCAUGGGAGCAUAAUAUAGCCUCACCAAGUGAUGGGUGGCUUUAUUGUUUGAGGAAAGGACAGUCUCGAACAGCACAAAUUCCUCAUUUUGACUGGACAGGACCAUUAAGGCCAUAUCCCAUAUCAAAAAAGCGGGUAAUACCUUCAGGCAUUGAGCUACCUGAUUGGGCAGUUGAUGGAACUCCAAAAGUCGAACCCAAUAGUGAUCUGCAACAUGUCGUCGAGAUAAAAACUCCAGAGCAAAUCAAGAGAAUGAGAGAAACUAGCCGAAUAGCAAGGGAAGUUUUGGAUGCAGCUGCUCGUGCUGUGCGCCCUGGUGUGACUACCGAUGAAAUUGAUGCUGUGGUCCAUGAAGCAACCAUUGCUGCUGGAGCAUAUCCCUCUCCACUGAAUUAUCAUUUCUUCCCAAAGUCAUGCUGCACGUCCGUCAAUGAAGUAAUCUGCCAUGGGAUUCCAGAUGGAAGGAAAUUAGAAGAUGGAGAUAUCGUCAAUGUUGAUGUAACUGUUUAUUAUAAAGGGGUCCAUGGUGAUCUUAAUGAAACAUUUUUUGUUGGUAAUGUUGAUGAGGCAUCUCUACAACUAGUCAAAUGUACUUAUGAGUGCUUGGAAAAAGCAAUAGCUAUCGUGAAACCUGGAGUACGCUACCGUGAAAUUGGGGAAAUUGUAAAUCGACAUGCUACCAUGUCAGGAUUAUCUGUGGUGAAAUCCUAUUGUGGGCAUGGUAUUGGAGAGCUCUUCCAUUGUGCACCAAACAUACCCCAUUAUGCGAGAAAUAAAGCAGUUGGUGUGAUGAAAGCUGGUCAGACCUUUACUAUUGAACCUAUGAUAAAUACAGGCGUCUGGCGUGAUAAGAUGUGGCCUGAUGGUUGGACUGCUGUCACCGCAGAUGGCAAGCGCAGUGCUCAGUUCGAACAUACUCUCUUGGUAACUGAGACCGGAGUGGAAGUUCUUACGGCACGACUGCCCACCUCUCCGAAGGUGUUCCCAUGGCUAAACUAGUUGUCAUCGAUAAACAUAAUAUUCUUAAGGAUGGUUGAAUCCUACAUAGGAAAAUGGUAAUUAUGAAUUGUAUCAUUUUCGGAUUUUAAGCAAAAACAAUGGGAAAGGAGAGAAUUUUGAGUGACUUGACCUUGGUAUGAAUAAUGGUAGAAAGGAGGUAAUUGAGAAUUUUGGCUUCAAAUGUCU